UGGAGGCAGCCCGGCCUUCUGUGGAACCAGCAGGGAGCAUUGGUGCGGGCUGGGCCUUUUGGGAAGCCGGCGUUUUGUGACGUAAAGCACGCCGCCAGGCCUCCUUCCUCGGAGGUCUUUGAACAGAGGGCAGGGUGGGCCUGGGCUGGAGGGCCUCAGGAUGGGCGCAGGGAAAUUGAUCAAUCAGUUUCCAGUGGGAAUGAGAAACCUAAAGCUUUUGGCAAUGGGAAUGAGCCCAUUUAGUAUGUUGUCUCCAUCACUGCAAACAGAUUCUGCAGAGUGAAAAUGGAUGAUCAGAUGAGACACAUCAACAUAGUAGUCCAGCAGCUUAACCAGUUCAGUCCUGAAAAUGAGACUAUUAGACAUUUCUUGGAUGAAUCUACUAAAGUAUUACAGAGUUUUAAAGUGACGAAUGAAACCUUUUUGAUGGAGACAUUGUGUGGCUGUAUAGAGUAUAAACCUUUACUGGAUGUGGUCGUCAGUGCCUAUUACAGCCGAGAUGGAAAGCACUGCCUGUUGUCUGAACGUAAUCUGUAUAUUGUUGUUUGUUAUCUGGCCAUUUUUCGACUUGAUGAACUUGGACUUCAGCAGUUUAGCAGAAUGGUCAAGUCAAUGGAUGUUGCUAAGAUAUGUAAGUUCCUUAGGUUCUUUUUCAAUAGCAUGAAUUUGAAUACAUGGAUAAAAGAUGAAUGGAACCAAAUAUAUGAUUCUGUUUAUGUAAAUAAUAAAUGGAUCAAACCAUUGCAAAGAUUGCAGCCAAAGGUACAACAACUAAUUGAUCAGCUUGAUGAUAAAUUUGGUAAAUACAUUACUACAACUUCAAAGAUAACUGAACCAAAGGAAUUUAAGUUGACAGUACCUCAUCCACGGCCUAUCCUGAUUCCUGAGUUAAUUCUGCAGCAAGAGAAAACAAAACCUAUUCCUGUAAACACUUAUAAGCCUCCUAAACUGAGGCAGAAACUAGAACAAAUCAAGUUGGAGAAUCGUCGUAAAGCAGAGGAACUGCUGCUGGAAGCAAAUAUUAACCAGUUCAAUUGUGCAGCCCCAAAGAAUGAUCAUAAAAGCCCAAUUGCAAGUGAAAUUCGAAAUUAUUCAGAGAAAUUUCAAGCUCAGAAAAUCCAAGGAAAGGUUGAUAAUAUACCAGUUAAAUUAAAUUCCACUGCCAUCCUAAGAGAAGGUGUCCUUUAUCAACGAAAAGUGGAACAAGAGCUCAACAGAAUUGAACAUCUUCUGCGAGGAGCUAGAGAUCCAUCUGAAUUUCUGGAAUGGCAAAAGCAAAUGUGUGGGAAAGAUUUGGACCAGCAGCUGAUAGAAGAAGAAUGUAGGAGGCUGCAAGGAAAACUAAGCUAUGAGGAAGCUAUUCUAGCACGUCAGAAUUGUAUUCGGGAAAACCAGAAAAAGGCUGAGCAGAAGAGGGAAAAGAAGGAAGAAUUGAGCCAACAGUGUGCACAAAGAAACCUUCAAGAAAUGAAGGAAAGAAAGAAAACAGUGCAGCAGGUGACAGAAGCACGCAAAAAUGUAAAGCAAGCACGACUGAAGCUUCAGAAAUACAAACGACAGAUAGUUCAAGAAGUGUCUGAAGAAAACCAACAAAUUCUUAUUCAGGCUUUGAAAGAAGAAGAAGAGAAAAUUAAAAAAAGAUGUGAACUCAUUCAACAAAUAAGAGCAAUAGAAUAUCUACCAAUCCUUAAGAGCAAAUUUGUUGAUCUAACACAGACCCCUGACCAUGGUGUUCUUGGUGAGAUGUCAAUAGUGGAACUACAAGAACGAUUAGCCUUACUGAAGGAAGCACAGAAAAAGACAGAAGAGGAGAAAAGGGAUCAGAUAAUCCUUGAAAAACACAUGAAGGAACAGCUUCUUUUGGGAAAACUGGAACAGAUCUCCACGUUCAGAGAACAAUUAGGAAGAGCAGCUGCCUUGAAACAGGAGAAAAAGAAAAUUAAAACAACUUUUCAUGGAAGCAUUUGGAAAGAUGAACAGGUUUUAGAUCUACAAAAAAAAAUUGAGAAAAAAUCUAUGGAGCGUAAAAUACCACCUGAAUAUUUAAAAACGAAACCUCAAAAAUUACAUGAGGGCUCAAAGAGAUCUUCGAUAUCACAGAAAAAAUAUCAACAAGAGGACAUGGAAAGAAACUGGAAAAAGAUAGAAAGAACAGUUAAGAUGCUUCAGCUGCUUGUCACUUUUCCGCCAACAGGCGAGGAAGAGAGCCCAUGUGAGCAGACACUGAGGGACGACGGGUGGGAUUUUAUGUAUUCGCAGUGA